CUUUGCUCUUUCACCACCACCACCACCACCACCAUGUUUUUGACGCGUUCAGAGUACGAUCGCGGUGUGAAUACGUUUUCACCAGAAGGACGGCUGUUCCAAGUCGAGUAUGCUAUUGAGGCCAUCAAGCUCGGGUCUACAACAAUUGGAGUACGCACACCAGAAGGAGUCGUCCUGGGCGUCGAGCAGCGUGUGCAGUCGCCGCUUCUCGAAGCAAGCUCGAUAGAAAAGAUCAUGGAAAUCGACCGCCAUCUUGGCUGCGCAAUGUCGGGACUGACGGCAGACGCGCGAACAAUGAUUGACCACGCCCGGGUGACGUCCCAGAACCACGCGUUCACCUACGACGAAAAGAUCAAAGUCGAGAGCGUCACACAGGCCGUCUGUGAUUUGGCGCUGCGGUUUGGAGAGAGUGUUCAUGAUGAGGAGGCGAUGAUGAGUCGGCCGUUUGGCGUGGCGCUGCUCAUUGCUGGCUACGACGAGCUGGGCCCUCAGUUGUACCAUACCGACCCGUCUGGGACGAGUGUACGAUAUGACGCCAAGGCGAUUGGUUCUGGCUCAGAGGCAGCACAGAGUGAGCUGCAGGAUAAAUGGCACAAGCAAAUGACGCUGCAAGAGGCCAGGACGUUGACAUUAAGAGUGUUGAAGCAGGUCAUGGAAGAAAAGCUCGACCAUCACAAUGUGCAACUUGCUCAGGUGACGCCUGCCAAUGGCUUUGAGAUUCUCGAUGAAGCAGCGUUGAAGAGUACCAUUCAAUUAAUGUAGUCUACCAGCCACUCUCUGUCGUCGUCUAGCAUGUAUUCUGUUCAACGCCCGUCUUUCUCUGUCUAGUUUUUCCUUUUCUGCUAUCUUUGCUGCUGCUACCCGUGCUCU